UCAGGGAAUUUUUCCAAGCCGAGGGCGACAGUAGCUCUGUGAGAUUAACGCGAGAGCAGAACGUUUAGAGGCUGGGGUUUCGGAUACAGUGCUGAAGCAGGAGCAGGUGUAAGGAGACAGCAGAGAGAGAGAGAGAGAGAGAGAAACAGAAUUAGGGGUCGGAGUUGGAUGAACGACACAAUCGGCUUCAGACUUGCCACUGGAGCCACCAAAUGCUAUAACCAAUGGCAACAGUCCAGGCCUUGCCUUUAACCCAAGAUCCCAGCAAGAGCAUCAGUGCCAUUUACCCAUCAUCCUCUCUGGCAUCUGCUGACUGCGUCAUGGGUAGCGUGGGCAGUCUGAUCGAGAAACACGACGUGGCGCCCACCAAAGUUAACAAAGCGGUUCCUCAGGUCCCACAGCGGCAAAGCAACGGGCAGAACAGGAAGGGCUUCAGUCAGAGAGAGCUGCUGAACUACCUGAACAUCACCAAGAAGGAGCCAAAAGCAGGCAAACACAUCGUCUUCGGCAACUCGUCCAUCAAGAGGGAGCAUUCCAGAGAGGAGGAGAACCUCUACGCCAAGGUUUAUCAUAAAGACGGCAAAGAGGUUGACUUGGGGAAGAACUCUCUCCCAAUAGGCGGCAAAUUCGACAAGCCUCGGUUAAGGUCGUCCGCCUUUAAGCCAGUGACGCCAAAGAGCUUUAGCUCCAUGCAGAACCUUUACCCGUCUAAAUCGGAGGAACUCAUGAACGGCAAGCACUCGUUCUACUCCAAGACGACAUCCAAAUCUCUAUCCACGUCGUCCUCUUCCUCUUCUCCUUCACGAGUGGGUACCAGCGCCAAUAAGGGUGUCCUGGCAGUGCCCCAUGAAGAGGAGACGGCCUCAGACUCUGGUCAUAACUCGAUGAGCAGCCUGCCAUCGUACCGCCCUCCUUUUCACCCACACCUGGGGCAGAUCAGCGCCUCCAUGGGUCAUAUCGAGCAUAUCGGCUCCCUCGAGCGGACCACAGCAGGCAUGAUGGGUGUCCGUGCUCUGAGUACUGCACCGGAGUCCUACGAGCUCUCGCACUCUCUGGAGGAUGUGGUGAAGGACCUGGAGGAGCGACUGCAGGAGAAAGAGCACGAACUUUGGCACAUGAGGAGGAACCUGGAUGAGAGCGAGGACGCCAUCGCACAGGUUAGCGCUCACAGACAGGAGGUGUUUGAGGGGAAGCAGCGGCUAUGGGAGAAGGAGGUAUCCGAGCUGAAGCAGCUCUACACCACUAAGCUGCGUCAGGUAUCCCAGCAGUCUCAGCGCUCCCAGCGUGCCCUGCAGCUGCAGCUCUACAAGGCGCAGCAUGAGCGCAGCCGAGCCCAGGACGAACUGAACACGCUGCGCCGCAAAUACCAGAGCCUGCAGAAACAGGGCGGAGCCGGGCGUAGCCAUGAGCUCCAACCACAGCUUGAGGAGACCCAAUGGGAGGUGUGUCAGAAAGCAGGUGAGAUCUCCUUGCUGAAGCAGCAGCUCAAAGACUCCCAGGCUGAGGUGACUCAAAAGCUCAGUGAGGUCUUCCUGCUGAAGACGCAACUGCGAGAUUUACGCCAAGACCUAAGCACCAAAGACAGCCAGCUGGACACCCUGCAAGUGGCGCUACAGGCCGCACUCCGCAAGUGUUCCCUGGGGAAGUCGGUGCAGAACCUGUCCUCCCACCAGACCCCAGGCGAAGACAGUGUGCCGAGCAGCGCCACAGAGGACCGCCUCCGUGCCGAGUUGCUGCUGGAACGUCGUCAGAGUGAAGCUCAGGUCUCAGCCUUCGAUGCCGAGCGCAGUACGUGGCAGCUGGAAAAGGAGAAAGUGCUUCGCUAUCAGAGAGAGCUGCAGGCCAGCUACCUGGAGAUGUUUCACAAAAACGAGAGCCUGGAAAGAGAACUGCAGCAGCUUCGAGGAGGCGGGGCUGGAGCUGUGGUAGGCGGGGCUCUAGCAGAGCCUUCAGGUCUUCCCUGGAUUGAAAGGAUCGAGUCUUCUGAAAUCUGAAUAUGUAUACAUGACUUAUACAGUAUGAAUCUAUAAUUUAUGUGAAUAUAAGUAUAAAUGUACAAAACUUAAAGACUCUAAAUGAGCGACACAAUAAAAAGCAAUGCUUUUCUUGAUUUUCUUAAAACGUUUGUAUCCAUAUUAAUGUAAAUGUGUGAAACUUAAUUUGUGAAAAAAUACAGAUGUUUAUUCUGUUGUGUGUAACGGAUGGAUUCUGCUUUAAAAAAAGAGAGAUUUUGGUUUAACGAUUUCUCAUAAGACUUAAAACCUCGUAAAUGGAAUGCAGGUUUAUUAGAUACAUUUUUUACAAUAUUUUCCAGACUAUUGGACUUUCCAGUUCUAUUGGAGCUGGGUUUGUAUGAUGUACAUUCUGUGUUUUGAAAGUGAUUCGACUGAAUGAAAUGUGCGUAAUUUCCCCCCAAAUAAUCACAAAAUCCAGGAUUAACACUCCAUAAGCCAGAUGUCCUUCAGCUGACACACAAUAAAAACACCAUCAUGACUA